UGUACGUCAUAGGUGGAGCUAUAUCUUAGCCGGCUAUUUCACGAUGACGAGGAGGCUUGAUGUAUCUGCUAUAAACAGCGGAUUUUUGGAUUCUUUUGACUUCGUUCUGACAGAUUGUGAUGGAGUACUUUGGAAUGGAAACGAGGUAAUUCCAGGAGCAAAGGAAACUAUAAAUGCUCUUCAAGAGAUGGGAAAGACUGUGAUUUUUGUUACAAACAAUAGUACUAAGGCAAGGAAUGAGUACAACAAGAAGUGUGAGAUGCUAGGUUUUAAAGCAAGUAUGGAUAAAAUAUUUCCAACUUCCUACUGUGUAGCAGUAUACUUGAAGUCCAUAGAAUUCAGAAAAAAGGUGUAUGUCUUUGGAAGUACUGGUAUCACAGGGGAGCUGGAAAAGGCUGGGAUCCCAUUUUUACCCAUUGGACCAGAUACAUUACCUGAAGUAGAAAAUUGGCAUGAGUGGGUAACAAAAGAUUUGAAGUUAGAUCCUGAGUAUACAUAA